CACAGACAGUGUGGACAGGAGUGAAGAUCAUCCUGGGCAGUUACUGCAGAAAAGGAACUUAGACCAACAGCAGCGUUUUUUGUGGAGCCCCACCAUUGUUUAGCAAGAUGCCUGUGUCGGUGAAUUAUAAAUCAGUGUCGGGUCCAGUAGGAAUCGUGAGACUCUUCGAAACCUUUCUCUCAUGUACAGCAUUCAGCCUGGUCGCCCACGUGAGGCAAUAUUAUGGACCUUAUGGAUGUUGGUGCAUGUUUUCCUGGUGCUUCUCGUUCGCCGUCUCAGUACUGAUCAUUGUGCUGGAACUGACAGCCCUUUACUCCAGCAUUCCCAUAUCCUGGGAAGACUUCACUGCUUCCUUUGCAAUGCUCGCUGCGCUGAUGAACUUGACGGCCUCGAUAAUCUACCCAACCGUUUUCCUCACGUCCAGCAACCAGGCAGGUGAAGACUUUAAGAUAGCUGCCACCGUUAUGAGCUGCAUGUGCUUUCUUGCUUAUGCCAUCGAAAUUGGCCUCACACGGGCAAGACCUGGUGAAAUCAGUGGAUUUUUAAAGACUGUUCCCGGGCUCCUGAAAGUGUUGGAAGCUUUUGUUGCCUGUAGUAUCUUUGUGAUAAUCGAGGGGUCGUAUCAAGCCAAUGGUGGGCGGCAGUGGUGCAUGGCUGUGUACUGCAUAUGCUUCAUCAUCACCUUUUCCAUCAUCCUUCUAACCAUAGCAAAACUCAUUGCAAGGCUACCAUUUCCAUUUGAGAGAUUUUUGACCGUCUAUAACAUUGUGGCUGUAUUGAUGUACAGUACUGCAGCAAUCAUCUGGCCAAUUUUUUGCUUCAGCGAACACUAUGGCCAGCCCACCAGACCAUCCCAUUGUGUAAAAGGCAGCUGCCCUUGGGAAAAUCAGGUCAUCGUAGCUGUAUUAACUUUUGCAAAUCUUGUUGUGUACGUUGUGGAUCUGGUUUAUUCUGCCAGGUUAAUGUUUGUCACUCAAGCAUAAAUGCUUCCAAAACCACAUCCAUUGGUAUUGGAGAAAGGUAAAGUAGAUUGCUAUUCUGAAUGUGUGUGAAUCUUUCCAUUCUGUCAGCUACCUUUCUUUCUGAUCAUUGAAAUCAAAUAUCACAAAAGGAAAUUUGCUUUCUUGAUUGUACUCAAUGCAUUUAAACAAUAAACAGGGAAGCCACACAAACUGGGAAGAUCCCAAAUAUGAUCUGCUGUUUGUGGCUGACCAGUAGGAACACUUCUGUUUGCCUUAGCAGUCUUUGCUUUACAUUGCAAUUCAGUGAUACUAGCUGUUCGUGAACGUAUAGAUGGACAUAAAAUAAAGACUAGAAUUCAGAUUGGCUGCCAUUCUCGCAACAUUGAGUCACACACAACACUUAACAGCUCAAAAUUCCAUUGGAUUUGACUUUUGACAUUUGCGCCACUAUGUUCCGAAAAGCAGUCAAGAGAUCCAGGGAGAAGAGAAUAUUAAGGACAGCGAUUUGAAGCUGCGUCCAUCUUGAGCUAUGUUAAAAGUUGACUGCUUCUCAAUGUUUGGGAUAUUUUUAGAAAAAAACUAACCAGGGUUACACCACUCACAAAGCAGACUCUAGUAUGGAUGUUAAAUGAGUUUCAGAUUGCUCCCACUGGGAGUCUUGUAGCACAUCACUGAGGCAGACCUCCUGAGUGCAGCAAUAAUGUCAUGGCCAGAAGGUUCAGGUACAGGUCCCACCUGCUCCAGAGGUGCGUCAUAACAUCCCUGAGCAGGUUGAUUUAAAAUAAAAGAAUAACUCUCAAUGGAUUUUUGAAGUACUUCUUUAUUGCAGGUUUGAUACAAAUUGAAGAUGUGACAGCUCUGGAAAAUACCCUUUUUUGUUGCACUGAUGCUAAUGUUGUGGCCAUUUCAAAGAAAAUUGCAUAAAUUGUAAUAUAUUUUAAUCAACAUAGAAUCUGCAGCAGAAACACAGGCCCAGUCAGUCUGUACCAUUUUUUAUUUUAUGCAGAAGCUUCCUCCCACUCUAAUGAAUCUUUCCCCAAUCUAAUUAGCUCAGUCCCUCCUUGCAUUCAUAUUCUUACGUUCCAUUUUCCCACAUGUAUGCAACAAGCCUGCCCUUCAGAGUAUGAAUGCUUCUCAAGUUCUGUGUGGCAACUUGUUACACAUUCUUGCCAUAUCUAAAUCCUAUGGGUUCUUUAGGUAUCUACUUGAUCAGCAAAGAUCUGAUGAAACCCUUAUUUAGUCCUGAACCAGUAACAAUUUUCCGAAAUCAACCCCAUCAAACUCCUAUUUAAAAAGGGGUCCUCUUUUUGCAGAGAAAAGAGCUCCAGUCUGUUCAGCAUUUCCAGAUAGUCACACCCUCGCAAAUCAGAUAUCACCUUCAUCAAUUGUAUCUACAUUUUCUCUCAUGUUUCCAUAUGCAUUUUACAUAAUAGAUAUCAGAACUGGGCACAGUAUUCCAAAUGUGGUCGAACCAAGGUUCUAUGCAAAUUUAAUGGUACCACCUUGUGUUUGUAUUCCAUUGUUCUAGAAAGGAAAUCCAGUACUUUAUUGCACUCUUUAUGGCCUUAUUGACUUGUGUUGCUAAUUCUGAAAUUAAUUCAUUAAUAUUCCCAGAGCUCUUUACUUCGCUGUCCCAUUUCAUUACCUGUAUUCCAAGGAAUAAACUCCCUAACUCUACCGAACAAAAUCAAGAGCUUCCCAGUUUGACAAACUGAAUUUCACAAGCCUUGCACUCAACUAAUUAUGCAGCAGCCUUGCACAUUAUUGCCUUAUCCCCAAGUAUUGUCUACAACUCUUGACACAGUAAUUCAAAUUUCCAAAUCAACAUGAUUUAUGUAUGUGACAUUUAAUAUCCCUUCCACAGCAAGUGUUCUUGUUAGGUCAGUUCGCUGGAUGGUUCGUUCGUUUGUAAUACCAACAGCAUGGGUUCAAUUCCUACACUGCCUGAGGUUACCAUGAAGGAUUUUCCUUCUCAACCUCACCCCUUGCCUGAGACAGGGUGACCCUUAAGUUAAACCACCGUCAGUUGUCUCUCUGUAAUGUAAGGGCAGCCCUAUGGUCCAGCAAGACUCUAAUUCCUGCUGUCUAGGAGAUAUCUAUUUAUACUUA